UUUAAUACAUUGUGUAAACGAUGAUCGGCGGCCGAGUGCCGGCUAAAAUGAUGCCACCGAAUGCAACGCGCGACGACGAAAUUUAAUAAUAUAAAAUGUAUGCUAAUAUAGUAAUAUUUACUGUGGCUAAUGAAAAAUGACUCACAGCAGUUUAUCAUCGUCUGCGUUAUAGCAAUGAUUUCAAUCGAUGACAUCUCCAGUAUCUCGACGAUUGAUGGUAAAUCAUUCAUUGAUCGCGAACAAGCGUUUUGAACAAAACUCGAGAGCACCAUCAUGACCGAAGAGUUUAUCAGGAAAGGAUUGACCACAUCUGUGGCCCAAAUAUGUUCAAACAUUGGUUGGCAUUCUAUGUCAAAUUCGACUUUGCAAAUGAUGACAGAUAUCCUGUACGAGUAUUUCAGGGAUUUAGCUCAGUCAGUCAAAAAAUUCUCUGAGAUUUCUGAUACAAUAGAACCAGAUAUUGAUGAUGUAAAAAUGGCAUUUCGAGAUAAAGAUGUCGCUGUACCAGAUUUAAUAAGAUAUUUAAAACAAGUUGGGUCUAUAGAAUUUCCUCAUCAAGUGCCUAAGUUCCCCAUACCAACAAAAUCAAAUUUAAAUAUCAUGAAACCAGGAAGCAGAGAAAUUGUGACCAGACCUGUUUAUGUUCAUGAACAUCUUCCUACAAUGUACCCUGAACAAUCUGAUGACAGACCAAUGCAAAAUGAUAGCAGCCAGACACCACACUCAAGCUCUUCAUUAGGAAUUUUUAAUGAGCCAUUAAGUUUUCAAGAAUCUCAGGUCUCAAAAUAUGAUAGACCAUUAAAAGACAACCUGGUAGUUCAUAGGCGUCUUAGAGAGAUUUCUAGUGUAGUUAUGACAACAUCUGGAUUUCUUUCUCCGUCUCGAGAAGGCAAAUUGCCAGAAUCUCGAUUAAUGCCAUUUCCUAAUUUUAAAGUCAAUUCAUCACAUGCAUCAUCUUCUUAUCCUACAGUUCCACCAGAAGUCAAAGGUGAACACAACCAACAACGUAGUAAGAAAUUAUCACAAAAAACAUUGAACAGUUUUAAAGAAAAGGGAAAAAAUAUUGUUGACAGUAAUAAUAGCAAUAUUAUUAAUAAUAAUAAAAAUGAAGAUUCUAAAGUAAGAAAACUGACAAAUGUGAAAGAAACAUCAAAACUUAAAGCAUUGAAAACUGGAGCUAUCCGGGAGUCUAAUCAAGGACCUCGACUUAAAAAACCUCCAAAGAUCAAAGAUAAAUCAAAAUUAAGUGUACUAAAUACUAUAUUUGAUAAGCCUAUUCAAGCAUCAGCAUCACAUUCUAAGUACUCAAAAAGCUUUUUAUGCGACAGUGAAAAACUGACAACAGAACCCGAUAAACAGAAAUUAAAUAUAUUUAAAAAAAUAUCAAAAGUUAAAGAAGAUAAAAAUAAUGAUAGUUCAGUACAUUCAAGUUCAAAAUUAAAUAGCACGAUUAAUAUAUCUAGGCCAAAUUCUACUAUUGUCAGUUCAGAUAUUUUGGUUAAGCCUGAAGUAAAUUUAGAAACUAUUGAGGAGAAACAAUUUAAGCCAGGUUUCUUUAAACCAACUGUUGAAACAAAAAAACCUGAUAGUGUACAUAAACCAUCUAUAAAAGAAACCAAACCAGAAUUGAGCUCUAAUAUUACUAAAAAAAGAAAAAAAAAACAGAAACUACCAAGUGAUGAUAAUUCUAAAAGCUUAGACGUCAAAACCAAAAACAUUGGAAAUAAAAAAUCGAAAAAUAAACAUGAUUCUGACCUAUUUUCAUCCCCUUUGAAAUUUUCAUUUUUUGGUCAUCUACCACCAGUGCCUGGUCUUUUGCCAACUGUGCCAAGUAUUUUACCGCCGUCUCUUGCUUCAAAUCCAUUGGUUCCAAAAUAUACUGCUCCUAGCAGUGUUUUACCAAUACUAGAAAAACCAAGUACAACUGCUUCUAUGAUGUAUUUGCCUUUACCAGGAGAAGAUGAUUUUGAUAAAUCCGAAUUUGACGAACUUUCAUCCACACUUACUCCAGAAAAAAAAAAAGUUUCUACAGAAAAGAUCAAACCCAAAAAAGAACAUAAGAAAAUCAAAAAAGAGAAGAUAAAAUCUAAAAAGAAAAAAGAUAAAAAAGACAAAACUAAACAAAAAGAACGAAGUGAAAGAAAGAAAGAAAAAUUAUUGAAAAAAUUAAAAAACAAAGAAAAAGUUGACUCGGAAGAAUCAAAACUGGAGCCUACUAUAUCUGAGGAAAAAGAACCAGAGCCUGUUAUAAAAGAAGAAGACCCAUUGGUCCCAAAAAUAAAGCUUAAAUUACCAGGGUCAAAUGGAUCGAAUUCAUCUCCAUCUGUACAACGAAAAAUUUUAAUCAAGCCUAUAGUUAAAAACAAAUCUCCCUCAGAAUGUAUUGAUGAAUCACAUAGUUUAUCUAAAGAAAAAGAAAAAUCACCAGUGGAACGAGUAAAAUCUUCUACUACAAAAUCUAAAGCACACUCUAAAGAAAAAUCAUCUACAACUAGCUUACUGUCUAUGUCAUUAGUACCUAACAAAGAAGAGCAAAUUGAAAAUGUUACUGAACCUAUACCUAAACCAUCUAAAUCAAAAAAAAAUACUGUAGUUCCUCCUAGUGCUGUUGUGGACACUGAUAUCUCUGUCACAACUUCCGUAAAUGCUUCUGUAUCUUCUGCUCUUAUAAAUUCUAUUGCAUCAAGUAAUAAACAUAAGGUUAAAACUACCAAGAAAUCUAAAAAAGUUGUGACUCAACCACACCCAGCUUUUUACUAUGAUGAUGCUGGAAAUCAAGUUUGGAUAUGUCCGACUUGCGGAAAACAAGAUGAUGGUAGUCCAAUGGUUGGUUGUGAUGGAUGUGACGCAUGGUAUCAUUGGGUUUGUGUGGGAAUUCAGUGUCCACCAGAUUGUGCUGUAUGGUAUUGUCCCACUUGUUUGUUGAAACGAGCUGAACGAGGGGUGACUGCUCCAGUCGAAAAAGCUAAAAGAGGAAGACCACUAAAAAAGAAAUCAAUUUCGUAAGAGCUUAACCUUAAAUUGGUGGUUUUUUUUUAUCUAAUCAAAUUAAUUUUUCUUUAGACUAAAAUUAAGGUUUAAUUCAUUAUAUUUUACAAGACUUAUAAAAUCAGUGGGUUUAUUGAUUUUGAAAAUCAUACAUGAUUUAUCUUGAUGGUUAUACCUUAUUUUAAACAGUCUGUCGUUAAAUUUUUAGUACAAACAUAUAUCUCUUUCGUUGUAUUUCAACUAUAUCAUUGAUUCAACACAAGGCUUUAUACCAAACAAUUAAAAUUUUCAAUAUGUCUGGUGUAUAAUAAACUGUCAAAUUCUUUUUGAUUCAGACAAUUUUAUUUUAUUUUUCAUAACUUAUAUAACAUCUAAAAUACUUUAUAAUCAACAAAAAUUUAGAUCAAUUUGUUAUAUAUUUUGUUUUUAUUCGGAAUACCAUUAUUUAUAUAACUUGUUAACAUUUCCAAUAAGACAUUUUUCAUUAUUUAUAUACUUAUAUAUAUAUGUUGUUAAUUAAUUUAAAUAUUCAAUUUUUUUGGUUGGAUUUGAGAAUGUAUUGCAAAAUAUGUUAAACUUACAAUGUUGGAUAUAUUAUAUAAAUAAAUUAUUGAAACAUCAAUUAAAUUCAAUAUAACUUAAAAAUAUAAUCACUUAAACGUUUUUUGCAGAUAUUAAUUGUCUAUGUGACAUAAUGAAAAACAUUAUUGUUUGUUAGAUACAUUAAUUACAACUGUGUUUUAUCAGUUUCCUAAAAGAAAACUUGGAAUAGAAAACAUGGUUAAUGAUUUAUUAUGCUACCAAAACAAUAUAUAGUUAUUUACUAUAUAACUAAUAAAAAUAUAUCAUUCAUUAAUGUGAUAAUUAAAAAUAUAUUGUAAUGAUUGCCGUACGUUACAAUAUACUAAAAGAAAAAAAAACUUAUUUUAUAGUUUAUACUAUUUACCUUAUGUUAAUUGUAUUUUAGACCAGUUCAGUGUAUUAUAAAAAAGUAAAAUAAAAAUAUGUAAUUAUGGCAUUCUUAGUGUAAGUUUACAAUUUACUGUUUAUUAAAUAAUUAAAAUAUUUAAAAAGCAUAUAUAUAAACAUUUAGUAGGGGUAGAUUGUGUUUUUUUAGAGUAAUAGGCAUAUGCAUUAUAAUGGAAAGGAUUAAUGUAUUUGAUAUAAAUAUUAAUCAAAUAAAAGAUUUAAAAAUAUUCACUGAAAUUUAUACUAAAAAAAAAAAUAUUUGUUAAAUAAUAUAACAUUUUAAUUCUUCAAUUAAAAUGCUUAGAAUAAUUUUAUUUUUUAGUCUUAUCUAAAAUUUGUUUUAAAAAUAAUUCAGCCGAUGUUUAGAACAGUUGCAUUUUAAAGUUUUGUCACAUUAUCUUUCAGUAAAUUUACUAUAAUUUAGGUUUUUUACUAUUUAAAUUAUAAAUUCUCCACUCGCUAAAAUUUAUAAGCCACCAGCAUAUUACUUAAAAUUAUUUUUUAAUUUAUUAUUGAUUAUUUCAAAAAAACGCUUGAGUCUAUAAACUGUGUUUAUUAUUAUUAUCAACAUUUAUUUUAAUGAAGUAUCAUCAUUUAGUUGAUCACCAAAUAUAUGUUUGUACUGAAAUGAAAAAUUAUUAUCUUAAAUUUGUCCUUUUCGUAUAAACAUAACAACAUUUUUAUAGUUAUAUCUUUUCAGUUAUUAGUUUAUUGAUGAAUCAACAUAAUCUAUAAAUAAUGUAUUAAAUAUACAGUUUUUAUCAGAGAUUUUGUGCACUUCAACUUUUAGACAGUAAUUAUUUUAUUCUUCAUGAUUUAGAAUGUUGUUAAAAUUUCAUUCUUUCUAAUUCACAGAAACUUUUUAGCUUACACAGUAGUUGAAUUCAGAUUGAUUUAAGAUAUAUUGAUUUCAGGAAUAACUAAAUAAAUUGCUAUGAAAUCAUGUAUUGAUAAACAUAUACUUGUUAUUAAUUUACUAUAAUUAUCUUGUUUGUUGUAUUUGUUUAUUUACUACAUGGAUAUUAAGAAAAAAAAUGCAAAUUGCCAAUUUUGUUAUUACAACUUAAAUUAAAUACUGUUAUUAGACUUAAGUAUUUAUAAUUACUGAAAAAGUGAUCAUACUUAAUCAAUUUUUUUUUUUUUUAAUUAUUGUAGUUUAUAGUUGCAUUUGGUUAAUGUUUACCUUUUAGUGUUGUGUUUAUUAAGAAUGGUAGAUUUAGAAGAAGAAAAAAAAUAAUAUAUUCUAGAUUACCAAUUUACUAACUAGUAGCUAUUUAUAAUUUAUAAUUAAUUGUUCCAAAGGCUUAGCUGCUAUAUAAGACUAGAGGACUCCUUAAGCAUAUAUAAUUUAUACAUUUAACUUAUAAAAUAUUUGGAUAUAUUAUUUAUGUUUACUUUUAUUAAUUUUGGGUCUCAUUAAUUUUGUAACAGUCAUAGAACAAUGAACUCUUGGUUGUGUAGACAAUUUAGUUGAGCAUGCAGUUGCAUAGCUACAUAGUACAAUUAGUACACAUUGCCGUUACCUAACCUAUGUUUCCCAAUUAUAUAUUUUUAUUCUAUCUGACAAAUCCGCCAUACAAUUUUUUUUUACUUAGAUGUUUGCAAUAUUAGUAUUCUCAUGUUAUAUAUACAUUAUAUAUUAUAUAAUCAUAUUCCAUAUUAUUCUCUAGAUAGUUAUUUAAUUAUAUUAGAGUAGUCAGAGUGCUGUAAAAUACGUAGUAAAUUUUGUGAUAAUUAUAUAUCGCCGCCCUCCUAAUUGUGUCGCCCUCGAAGGCAGUACUUAAAUCACUAAUCAUCUCAUAAUAUGACGGCCUUCGCGGUGAUAGCUCUGGUGUACAACCAUACACACCUGCACUAUUAAUGUUUAUUAUUAUUAUUAUUAUUGUAUUUAUAGUCUAUUAUUAAUAUGUAAUAUUAUCUAUGUCUAUCUAUUAUGUACUUGUUGUGUGGAUAAUAUUUUUUUUUCUUGAUUUAUAGUUACAAUGUUUACAUUGCUGUUUUAUGGAAUCUUAGUGUUUAUUACUAUACAUUAUUUAUAUUUUAUGUUAGUAUGUUACUGUAAAUAUUUACUGAUGGUCAUUGGCAAUUCAUUUAUAAUUUUCACAUUACUACACAUUGAAUAAUAUGAUAAUCAUAGCAUUCACCGUAUACAUAUACACCGUAUAUGUUUGUUAUAUUUAGUUUUUUUUCAAUAAUUCAUUACAUACAAUUUAUAAUAAUUAUUAUUAUUACUAGUAUAGUUAUUUAUAUUGAUUUUUUACAUUAUUGUAAUGACAUUUAUAUUAUUUAUUACAAAAAUGUAAACUAUUCUGUCAUUGAAUGUCGACAAUCAUUAUUACUACUACGUCCAGUAGUUAAAUUGUAUAUUUUUAAAUUUUGUGAUAUUCAUUGAUAAUUUUAAUGUAAUGUCGCAGUUUGUUUGAGAAUGCUAUCACCAACAGCACAUAAUUACAGUAACAUAUAUUUUAUAUAUAUAUGAUUUAUUAUUAUUAUUUAUUUAUUUAUUUAUUUAUUUAUUUAUUUAUUUAGAUUUAUACCAGUUUUGUUUUUAAAAUUUAGUAUUUACCUAUAAUUGUUUUAAACUAAUAGAUUUUUUACUAACAAAAAGCGAAAAAAUAUUUAUUGUUUAUCUUAUUGAAAAUCAACCAUAUAUUAUAAAUGUAGUGUAAUAUAAACUCUGUAUUCUGUCUCAAUAUAUUAAUUCUAAUGUUUUAUUAUAA